CCCUUUAGCGCUGAGCGGCAGCGGCGGCGGCGAGGUCUUCUCGCAGAAGCGAAGUUCUCGGCGUUUCGGCGCGGCUCUGCCUCCUGCUGAGCCUCUUCCUCCUCCUCUGCUCCGCGGACAGCUUCCUCCUCCUCAGACUGCCCUCAGCCCGCGCGCCAGCCGGCUCUGUUAUGGCGACCUGCAGCCCCAGCGUCGUGAUUAGUGAUGAUGAACCAGGUUAUGACCUAGAUUUAUUUUGUAUACCUAAUCAUUAUGCUGAGGUUUUGGAAAAGGUGUUUAUUCCUCAUGGACUAAUUAUGGACAGAACCGAACGGCUUGCUCGAGAUGUAAUGAAGGAGAUGGGAGGCCAUCACAUUGUAGCUCUCUGCGUGCUCAAGGGGGGCUAUAAGUUCUUUGCUGACCUGCUGGAUUACAUCAAAGCACUGAACAGAAAUAGUGAUAGAUCUAUUCCUAUGACUGUAGAUUUUAUCAGACUGAAGAGCUACUGUGUUGGCUAUGUUUCUACAAAAAAAGAAGAGAUUAACCUAAAAACCUUGGGGCAAACAGGAAUAUGGAGAUAUGUGUACUGGUGGAGCAGCAGUGUCUUUACAUGCUUGGAGUUUUCUUGUCUCUACCCUGCCACCACAGCCUUUGGAUCACAGAAUGAUCAGUCAACAGGGGAAAUAAAAGUUAUUGGUGGAGAUGAUCUCUCAACUCUGACUGGAAAGAAUGUCUUGAUUGUUGAAGAUAUAAUUGACACUGGCAAAACAAUGCAAACUUUGCUAUCCUUGGUCAAGCAGCAUAAUCCAAAGAUGGUCAAGGUUGCAAGCUUGCUGGUAAAGAGGACUCCUCGAAGUGUUGGCUAUAGACCAGACUUUGUUGGAUUUGAAAUUCCAGACAAGUUUGUUGUAGGAUAUGCCCUUGACUAUAAUGAAUACUUCAGGGAUUUGAAUCACGUUUGUGUCAUUAGUGAAACUGGAAAAGCAAAAUACAAAGCCUAAGAUGAGCAUUCAAGUUGAAUUUGGAAACAUCUGGAGUCCCAUUGAAAUAACCAGUAAAAUUAUCGAAUGUUCUAGUUCUGUGGCCAGCUGUUUAAGCAGAGCAUAUUGCAUGUAUCUUCUAAGAAUUUUAUCUGUUUUGUAUUUUAGAAAUGUCAGUUGCUGCAUUCCUGAACUUCUUAUUUGCACUAUGAACCUAUAGACUAUCAGUCCCUUUGGGUGGAUUAUUGUUUGACUUGUGAAAUCUCUUAAACCACACUGUUGAAUGAAAUACCGAAAUUGUAUCUGUAAGAAACAUUUAAAGAGAAGAUAUAUUAGUUUUUUAAUUGGUAUUUUAAUUUUUAUAUAUUCAAGAAAGAACAGAAGUGAUUGCAUGUUGUUAAUUAUACCACUGUGUGUUUAGAAAAGUAAGAAGCAGUCAGUUUUCUUAUCAAUGGUAGCAUCUAAGAGGUAUUGUUAUGUCAGGGAAACCAUACAUCCUGGUAUUAAUUUUAGUAGUGUUUCAGAAGUAUUGACUGUUUUUCCUCUUGUUCAGAUUAUUUCUAGUGAAUAUUUGUCAACAGUUCCUUUUAAAUACAAAUCAGUAAAUUUCAAAAAAAUCCUUACCACUUUUUGAAUUCCUCAAUGUAAAAAUCCUUGAAAUAAAGGCUGUCUCUUUAAAAGAAA